GUAGUGAACCCUCCGUCCAGAUCAAAGAGGGUGCACCAGGGCCACCAGGGGAGCGCGACUUCGGUUUCUCAUCAGAAAUUCCAUGAAAGACAGGCACAAAAUAUAGGCUUGAACAUGGUUUUAUCGACAAUCGGACGGAAUUGUUGCGAAAGAAGAACCCUUCUCUUGGUGCUGGUGCUCUUGGGCUUGGUUGUGAAGUGCCAGUGCCGAGAUCCGGACAGUUUCGUGUUUGACCCGGUGCCCAUCGGCCAGGAUGUGUUGGACGGCCGGCGCGCCCAGAUGUCGUGCGGGGUGGUGGACCCCGUCGGGCUGCAGUUCCACUGGGAGCUGGACGGGCAGCGACUGGUGAACACAACACGGAGGGGCAUGGUGGGUAGUAACCUCCAGUUUGACCCUGUGGACAAAGAUGAGGACCAGGGAGAGUUUCGCUGUGUGGCCUCCAACAUCACCUCCGGCUUCACCAAGAGUAGUGACCCUGCGUCUUUCAACAUCAGAUGGUUGGAUGACACAGGCAGAGUGCGGCUGGAGAACCCGAGUGCCGAGAACCUCUUGCAGGCCGGCAUCCCCAUCACGCUGCGCUGUCGCAUCGCCGGCAGCCCCACUCCGACCUACGCCUGGUUCCGCAACGGAGAGGAGAUGGACACCGGCGUCGAUCCCCGCUUCACUGCGGCCAGAGACGGGCGACUGACCAUCGACAACAUCAGCCCGGACGACAAUGGGGUUUACUCCUGCCGGGCGGAGAACAGGGCAGGCCAGGCUGUCAGCAACGAGGGCUUCAACUUGGAACUUCUGGUGGUGGUGAACAAGAAUGACGACGCACGGCUGGACUGUGUGUUCACUGCCGACCCUGCCCCCACCAUACAGUGGUACUUCAACAACGAGGGACCCCUCACCAACAUGUCCAGGAUCUACCAAGGGUGGAACGGUUCACUCAUCAUCCGCAGGGUGAAGAAGAAGGAUGAGGGACAGUACGACUGCGUGGCGACAGGGAGUAACGGCAGAGGCACUCCUGUGGUAGCACAGGCUACCAUCAGGCUGGCAUACCUUGGCCACCUGAACUCCCUGGAUCCGUACAUGGUGCCUGCCGGAGACAACCUGAUCGCUCGCUGCGCCCCUCCGGACGGGCUGCCGGAGCCCGUCAUCACGUGGGAGCGGGACGGCGUGCCUGUGCCCAGCAGUGGGAGGAUUUACACUACAGGUGAGCAGCUGAUCAUCAACAGGACGCAGGUGUCAGACAUGGGCAACUUCACCUGUGUGGCCUCCAACACGGCAGGGGAGGAGAGACAGAACAUGAUGGUGGUGGUCGCAACCGCUCCUCAGUGGAUACAGAGACCAGCAGAUACAGAUGCGGAUGAGGACGGCCAUGCCUACCUGCACUGCCACACCCAAGCCACACCCAACCCUUCAGUAUCCUGGCACAGAACGUCACUCAGAAUAGACCCCAGAAAAGACAGCAGAUACGAGGUGUUCAGUAACGGCACCCUGCACAUCAGCCCCCUGCGAGUGCUGGACGAGGGAGACUACUUCUGUGCCUCGCAGACUCUGGCCGGCAGCAUCGAGGGACAGCUCUUUCUCAAUGUCAUAGAAAAGUUGAAGUUUUCCCCCUCACCCGUCCCACGCACCCUGGAGCUGGGGGACACCGUCGCCAUCCGCUGUAACGCCAAGGGCGAGUACCCGCCCACCAUCCAGUGGCUGAAGCACAACGUGGCGUCCUCCGCCUGGCCUGCCUACGUGCAGGAGGCCAACGGGACCCUGCAGUUCAACGGGGUACAGAAGGAGGAUGCGGGAAUGUACACGUGUAUCGCCUCCAGCCCCGAGCAGGGACUGAUUAACGCCACCAUCAAGCUGACUGUGUUCGUGAAGCCCCAUUUUACGGUGACCCCGAAUGACACCACUGCCGGGGAGGGCUCCCAGGUCCUGCUGCACUGUCAGGCUGAAGGGGACCCCGAACCCAUCAUCACAUGGACAGGCACCAACAGCAAGGUGUACACAGAGAAAAGCUGUGAAGAAGAGGGCACACGGUUCUGUGUGUUGCCCAACGGAACCCUGCGCAUCACCAAGGUAGAGUCAGAAGACCAGGGGAAAUACACCUGCAUCGCUGGCAAUGUUGGCUGGCUCACCCGCGAGGAAGUCAACGUCGUGAUAAGCAGUGGUGCAGUCAGUGGCCUGGGCGCAGAUCCUGCCAUGCUGAAGACCAUCGGCAUCGCCUGCGGGUGUGCGGCGGCCUACAUCAUCCUGGUGCUGGGCCUCAUGUUCUACUGUCGGAGACGCAAGCCCAGCGAGAAGUACGAGGAGGAGGAGGGGACCAAGGAGGAGGCGGACAAGCUGAACGGGGCGGUGGCCAAGGAGGAGAACGGGAUCCACUACGCUGACACCAUGCUGAAGGUUGACAACUCCAUCCCACUGAACAUGGUGAACAGCAGCUACGGGAAGAGGAGGGGAAGUUACGACAAACUGCAGUUCCCCAGACACGACCUGCAGUCACUGGGACUUCUCGGGCGAGGAGAGUUCGGUGAGGUGUUCCUGGCAAAGGCUCAGGGGAUCCGGGACGGGGAGGAGGAGACCAUCGUGGUGGUUAAGUCGCUCUCCACGCGGGACGAGAACCUGCAGUUCGACUUCCGGCGUGAGAUGGACAUGCUCGCCAAGAUGAACCACGACAACGUGGUGCAUCUUCUUGGCGUCUGCAAGGAAGCGGAACCCGUCUGUCUCAUCACCGAGUAUAUGGAAUGGGGCGACCUGAAACAGUUCCUGAUGGCAACUCGGCACGAGAACGGCAAGAAGAAGGCCUCGCUGCCUCCCCUCAGCCUCAUCCAGAAGAUCCACAUCGCCAACCAGAUCGUGCUGGGGAUGGAGCACCUGUCCAACCACCGCUUCAUCCACAAGGACCUGGCCGCCAGAAACUGUCUCCUCAACCCGCACCUGGACAUCAAGAUCUCCACGCUCAGCCUGUCGCGGGAUGUGUACGCCACAGAGUACUACCACUACCACCAGCAGUACAUCCCGCUGCGGUGGAUGCCGGCCGAGGCCGUGUUCGAGGAUGACUGGUCAACGAAGAGCGACGUGUACGCGUUCGGGAUCACCAUGUGGGAGAUCUUCAACCUGGGCUGUUUGCCCUUUAAGGAACUAGAUGAUGAAGACGUGAUGAAGGGACUGACUCUAGGAGAGCUGGAUCCCGAGAUUCCCCCGUACUGUCCCAAGGAAGUGUUUGCGGUGAUGCAGAAGUGUUGGGCAGAGAGCCCCAAGGACAGGCCGACCUUCAGCGAUCUCGCCGUCGCUCUUUCGGAAUUGGAGGUGGACAGCGAUGUGUGACGUCCCAAGGAUGUUUUCGUUAGUACCACGUAACAAAGGGAUUGACUGUUGAUUCAAACACAAUUAUGAUGUUAAAGUAUCAAAGUUAAUGGCAGAUUCAUCUGGUGCUGUCAAUACUUACUGUUGAAUUAGAACUUAUCUACAGACCUGCCUUACUUAGAUACUGGUCAUAUUGACCGUAACAAAUACUUAAUUUUUAUACAUGAGUGAACUUUGGUACAACAAACUGAGGAAGGUUCUGGUCAUUUUUUUGUUAUGUACAGUUUUGUAGACAGCAUCAGAUUGUGCCAUUGAGUUUCGAGGAAUUACCUGAUGUUGCUGUAAUUGCAUCCCUUUGUCAGAGACAAUAGAGGAUUGUUGAAAAACUUUGUAGUUGUUAGACUCUUGGCGUAGGUCUUUGGACAGAAACCAGGGCAACAACUUACUACCGAGGGAAUUGUAUGAAGUGCCUUCGUGCAGGGUAACCUUUUAGUAUUGAGUUAACUGGUGAGAAGAAAGAAUCACAUUUCUGCUCCACAUUGUUGGAGGUGGGUUGCCUGGUUCAACCACUUUUCAUUUCAAAGAAUAUUCCCUCAGGAAGUAUUGACAUAUACAAAACAACAUUGUAGUUGUUUGUUGCCAGACAGUGGAAAUAGCCCCAUAGCCUUUCCUCCUUACCGUGGGCUUGUUAGUUCUCUCACCAAAUGUGUGCCAGUUACGACUGGUGACCAAUAAGUGCACGGUCUCACCCGGAUGUAAGGUACACUACUCAAAUCUUUAGCCAUAAUUGUCAAGUAAAAAGACUUUUAUGAAUGCCUACUAAAAAUCAAAUCCUUGUGAUCAUUACUUUAAUUAGGUGAGAGAGAGGGGAAAAACAUGUACAAUGGAGCUGUGACCUGAGGUGUGCUGGUCAACUUGUUCCACUGAAACUCAGAUAUCCACUUCUUUUUGAAACAUUGUGUUUAUUGUCAUCAAACCUUUGGAAAAUGACCUUGUAGAUUUCGUGGCAUGAGGAACACAACCUACACAGCUAUGAUUCCAGCUCACCAUCAUUUUUCUCACCACUUACCUUAAGUCAGCUGGUAAUGACCACAAUGAUUUGAAUGAUAUUGGCAAGUACAAAUGUACUAUACUACUGUAUGUGAUUAUGACCUGAAAUUGUAGUUGUGCCCCUUUUUUCUGGCUGAGGCCACAAGCUUAUUGAUCACCUGUCUUACACCAUUACACUUAUUCCGUAUUUAUAGGAGGAAUGGAGAAAUAAGACAAAAAAGUUGUUGGCCACAUCUUCCUUGGCCAAGGAAAAUAACUGUUGUCUCCAGUCACAGAUUAUUAACUUCUUCUUACUCAGAUGUCAGAUUGAAAUACAGCAUUUUUUCGUAGGCCACAACAGGUUCCAAAUUCUAAACCAAUAAUGGCUGUGAAAUGCCAGUAUAAUCUGGUGUGUCCGUGGGUCCAUGGUGGUAAGACUCAGAGCAAGAUGUUGCAAGCCCCUUAAACAGGAAAAGUAGAACCUGUAGUUCAGACAGCCUGGAACUGACUUCUGCAAUAGACUGAUGUAUACCUCAUCUGGGGUGAGCGUUCGUCACCAAGGGACCACUAUCUCUCGUGUAUCAUUUCAUUCUAUCGUGCCAAAGUGGAAAAAGCUUUCUUCCAUGGUGCUAGAAAUUUGUUUGUGUAGCGUGCAAAAAGUAUUAUAACAAGAGGGAGAAGCAAGUACCAGUAGUGUAAAUUAACAUUAAAGUUUAAGGACCAAGUUUGUGUUUUAAGUGGUAAAAGUGGGAUAGAACAAGGGCACCUUGUUUAUGAAAACAUUUUCAAAGUUAUAUUGUUUAUGUAAACAUUUUUCCAAAGUGAUCCUCAUUGGUCACCAUAUGUGAAUGCAAGGCGUUGUAUCAUUCUCCAUUUCAACAAAGUAAGCAGUGGGGUCACACUGCGGUUGCAUGUUGAUUUUUUUUUAGUAUUAGUUGAACGGUUUAUGUAUUUUAGCUAUCUCCAUUUUAAAUUCUUCAACAGGAAUAGACUUCCAUGUAAAUAUGGACAUUGGUAGAACUAUGUUCUGACUUGAUGAUGCAGACGUGCAACACUGUUCAUUUUAGAAAUUUUUUUUCUUUCUGUAAACUAUAGUAUGCAUAUACAUGUAUAUAUUAUUAUUUGGCUGGGGUUAUUCAAUUGUCAACCCAUACAAAGUUUGUUUCUGGUGGUAUCAUGUCAGGUAUGGCCUGUUCACAUUUGUGAAUAACAGGUCUAAUCUUACACCCUCAAAAACAGAUUGUAUUUUUAUUGACUGCCAUGACGAUGUGCUGAAAAGAAUUUUUUAGAUUUACCGUAGUUGCUUCUGGGCAUUGUUACCGUGCUGCUGUUGCUGUAUUCAACUUCUCAACAAAAGUUUCCACCUUUCAACACUACACAUCGUAACAACAUUUGUGCACAAAUCCUUGGGUUCUGAGUUGCACGUUUUGUUAUCAAACCUUUUCUUUUUAAUGGUUUCAAAUAAGUUGAUUUGGUAGCAGCACCAUUUAUUUGGCUCAACGAUGUUCUUCACUGAACUUAUGUGAAAUGUAGCCUAUGUGAAAGUCAGUAACAACGAUGUAAAGAAGUCUUUUGUUGACAUUGCUUGAGUUUUACAUGUUUUUGAUAAUUUGAAAUCUAUGUUUCUCUGUGUGGAGAUGCUUACUUGUGUACAUAAUUGUCCUUUGUUGCUAUUGUCAUUAUCAUGUUGUAAAUAUUGUAGGCAUACCCCCAAAAGAGUAUUUCCUGACUUUGUUGUGUGAGUACUAUGCAAAGGUGUUAUCCAAUAGAAGUGCUCUACUCUAAUGCUGGUCACUUUUGAUUUGCAGCUAUCUAAAUUUCCAAAGGCACCUUGUCUUUUGUUUGAGGGCAUCAUUUGAGCAUCCUUUGUAAUGUAUUAUCGGUAAUCUUAUAAUCUAACCUUACAGAGAUGACAACAAAAGGUUUUUGAGAUUGGAGCGUUUGCUGUCUUCCCAAAUUGAAAGAGACCAGUCUUUCAGAAUAUUUUGGAACAUGCACAUUGCAUAUACUCACAAUGCCUCUAAUUGAGCUGCCCAAUUGAUUUUGUUGUACAGUUUUGUUCAUAUUUUUGUUGAAUGUUGUUAAGAUUUGAUGGAAGUGAAUUCUCAAUUCUUGCAGAGUGUAUCUUCCUGCUGCCUAAUCCCAUAGCCAAUACAAAGUUGGUGCCAAAUGGCAGCAGGCUGAAAGUUAAGGAAUACCCAAACACGCGAGAAAAAGUAGUCCCUUUCUGUAUCUUCUAGAAAAAACUUAAGUAUCCUUUGGUUAUUAUAUGCAUAUGUAGGCUGUUGCUAUUCUAUUUGUACAGUUCUUCAUGAGAUGUACAGUUGUCCAUUACUGAGAUCAUGAAAGAUACGAGUCGGACAACCAAAAUUUUAUUCAAAAUGUAUUGUACGUAGGUUUUUACAUGUUCCUGAAUUAUUUUUUUGUGUAAUUUAUAGUGCAUACUGUUGUAAUGCUAAGUACAACAUUUAGUGGCAAUAGGAAAAAGCGGAGACAAUCGUUAGAAGAGAGUUUUGUACGGAUGAUGCAGGUCUGACGUUUUGUCAGGACCCAUUUUUGAUCAGUAGCAAGAGAGCUGAAUGCAGCCAGCAGUGGAAUUACUAGAGCAUUGACAUUUUGUAUUAGGUACCAUUUGUAUGGAUGGCAAUAAAGUGGCUGUGCCUUAU